AUGCCCGCAGCUGGCUGCCUGCUGCUCGCCCAGCCCUCUGGCCCUGCCCUGCCCCUGCCCCUGGGCUUGAACUGUCGCAGCACUGAGGUGCGGCCUUUGCGCCUGCGGUUGAUGGCGGGAGGGAGGGAGCGUGGAGCGGUGGGGCAGCGGCUGCUGCGGGCCCGGCCCGGGGCGGGAACGGGCAGGCGCCGGUCGGGCCGGGAACUUCAUGCUCAUUUGAAUGGCUCUAUCAGUUCUGCCACUAUGAAGAAGCUGAUGGCCCGGAAGCCAUACCUUCAGAUCCAGAAUGGGAUGACUAUGAUUGACAAAGGAAAGAAAAGAACCUUAGAUGAAUGUUUUCAGAUGUUUCAGAUCAUCUAUCAGAUUACCACUAGUACUGAAGAUAUUUUACUGAUAACUAAAGAUGUUAUUAAAGAAUUUGCUGAUGAUGGUGUCAAGUAUCUGGAAUUGAGGAGCACUCCUAGAGAAGAAAAGUCCACAGGUAUGACCAAAAGGAUGUACGUUGAAACUGUACUUGAGGGUAUAAAGCAGUGUAAAGAAGAAGGCUUGGAUAUAGAUGUAAGAUUGUUAAUAGCAAUAAACAGAAGAGGUGGCCCAGCUGUUGCUAAGCAGACUGUGAAACUUGCUGAAGAGUUCCUUCUUUCCACUGAUGGGGUUGUAGUAGGAAUUGACCUCAGUGGUGAUCCCACUGCGGGGCACGGUCAAGAUUUUUUUGAACCACUCUCAGAAGCAAAAAAAGCAGGUCUAAAGCUGGCAUUGCAUCUUUCAGAGAUUCCAAAUCAGGAAGAGGAGACCAGAGUUCUCCUGGGCCUGCCCCCUGACAGAAUUGGACAUGGAACAUUUCUCAACUCUGCAACAACAGGUUCAGAAGAGCUGGUGCCACUUGUUCGACAGAAUCGUAUACCUGUUGAACUUUGCAUGACAUCAAAUAUCAAAACCCAGACAGUGCCUUCCUGUGACAAACACCACUUUGGAUACUGGUACAACAUGGGCCACCCUACAGUCCUUUGUACUGAUGAUAAAGGAGUCUUUGCAACAGAUCUAUCACAAGAAUAUGAGCUGGUGGCAAGAACGUUUAAUCUGACUCGAUCACAGAUGUGGGAUCUUUCCUAUGAAUCAAUCAACUAUAUCUUUGCUUCAAAUGUAGUCAAAUCAAAGCUAAGGGAACAGUGGUGUAAGCUGAAGCCAACUCUGUUUGCUUAACAGCUUGGGUGCAUUAGCUUA